CUGAAGUGUAUGCUUAUAAAUUUAGUUCUCAUUGUGUCAGCAAACUGUGUGUUAUCAAUUGCCUUACUCCAAUGGCUUCAAUAAGCUUACUUCAAGUUUCCGUAGCUAUCCUUUGCUUUCUCAUCCUUCAUUACUUUCUCUUCAAGAAACCUCAUGGCCGGUACCCUAGGAACUGGCCGGUUCUCCGGAUGCUACCCGCUAUGCUCAAGGCGCUUCACCGAAUCUACGACUACAGCGUGAAGAUUCUCGAAACCUCUGACUUGACCUUUCCAUUCAAAGGACCGCGGUUCACAGGAAUGGAUAUGUUGCUCACGGUUGAUCCAGCUAACAUUCAUCAUAUAAUGAGCUCAAAUUUCUCAAACUACAUCAAAGGACCGGAGUUCCAAGAUGUUUUUGAUGUGUUAGGAGACAGUUUCAUCACCACGGACUCGGAGCUAUGGAAGAAUAUGAGGAAAUCUUAUCAAGCCAUGCUCCAUAGUCAAGAGUUUCAAAGGUUUUCAAUGAGUACCAUGACAAGUAAACUCAAGUACGGUCUUGUUCCCCUUCUUAAUCAUUUUGCUGAGGAAGGAACAACUCUUGACUUGCAAAGCGUCUUCGGGAGGUUCACUUUCGAUACAAUUUUCAUCCUUGUAACUGGUUCUGAUCCUAGAUCUCUCUCCAUUGAAAUGCCUGAAGACGAAUUUGCUAAAGCUCUCGACGAUGUUGGAGAAGGGAUUCUUUAUAGGCAUUUUAAACCAAGGUUCUUGUGGAAGCUGCAAAACUGGAUAGGAUUCGGACAAGAGAAGAAGCUCACUGAAGCUAAUGCAACUUUUGACCGCGUGUGUGCCAAAUACAUAUCAGCCAAGAGAGAAGAGAUUAAAAGAUCACAAGGGACUUCCAAUGGAGGAAGUCAGGAUCUUUUAACUUCCUUCAUAAAGCUAGACACGACCAAGUACAAGCUCUUGAAUCCGAGUGACGAUAAGUUCCUUAGAGACAACAUCUUAGCUUUCAUUCUAGCGGGAAGAGACACAACAGCCACCGCUCUCUCUUGGUUCUUCUGGCUUCUCUCUGAAAAUCCACAUGUGGUAGCCAAGAUUCAUCAAGAGAUCAACAUCAACACUGAUCUAUCAAGAACAGGAAAUAGCCAAGAGAAUGUAGACAAGUUGGUGUAUUUACAUGGUGCGUUGUGUGAAGCAAUGAGACUCUACCCACCAGUUUCCUUCGGACGCAAGUCUCCAAUCAAAUCAGAUGUGCUUCCAAGUGGCCAUAAAGUUGAUGCAAACUCUAAGAUUAUUAUCUGUCUUUAUGCAUUGGGGAGGAUGCGAGCGGUUUGGGGAGAAGAUGCAUCGCAGUUCAAGCCAGAGAGAUGGAUUUCGGAGAAUGGAGGCAUAAAACAUGAGCCUUCCUUCAAGUUUUUGUCGUUUAAUGCCGGUCCAAGAACUUGUCUAGGUAAACAUCUAGCUAUGACUCAAAUGAAGAUAGUGGCAGUGGAGAUAUUACGAAACUACGACAUUAAGGUUCUCCAAGGACAGAAGAUUGUGCCAGCUCUUGGUUUUAUAUUGUCAAUGAAACAUGGUCUUCAAAUCACUGUUACUAAGAGAUGUUCUGCUUGAAAUUAUUCAUGUAUUAAAUAAAAAAAUCAUUUUGGUUUGGUUUUGAUUUGGUUCUUAGUUUUUUUUUUUAGUUUUAC